CAUUAAUCCUCAAACAUAUAUACAUAUUUCCCAUUCUCUUACAAUUUUUUUUCCCUCAUCAACAAAAAGGCAAGAGUUAAAGGUAAAAAGAAUGUGGCAAGAAAGAAAAUUAGACGAAAAACCGAACUUCCCGAAAACACACGUGUCGAGCUUUCGCGGCCCCUCGGCCGCUAGUAAAACUCAACUGCGGCCGAUUUUGUCCGGCGGGUUUGACGAGGUGGCGGCGAUGGUUCCUCCGGUGACGGUGGUGGUGGAGGGCCGGUCGAUCUGCCACCGCAUCAGCCUCCACAAGCACGGUGGCUACCGGAGCUUGGCCCUAGCCCUCAGGCAGAUUUUUAUAGAUAAUUAUAAUACUAAUGUUGAUUGUAGUAGUAGUAAUAAUAAUAGUGAGGAAGAUGAAAUUUGUGGUAUUGAUCUAUCAAAUGCUGUGCCGGGGCAUCUGAUAGCGUAUGAGGACAUGGAAAAUGAUCUGCUUUUGGUCGGUGACCUAAAUUGGAAGGAUUUUGUUAGGGUGGCCAAGAGAAUCAGAAUACUUCCGGCAAAGGCUAAAUCAAGAAAGCAGAAAGAUGGGGAGUCAAAUAUUUGAUCAUUUGUUGAUAAUUUUUAUUUUAGUUUCCUAUUUUAGUUCAUAAAAAAAAGGGCCUUAUAAACAAGCCUAUAAUUCAGGCACUCAGAAGGAUUAUAUAUAUCUUAGUUCAAUAAUGAACAUUUGAGUGAAUAAAAGAUAUUUUUUUUUUUUAAAUCAGGGAUGGAUGGUAUUGGUGGUGUGCCAUGAAAAUCAAAUUGGUAAUUUUCUGAACAUUCAUAUUUUUGUGUGAU